UGCGGGCAAUGCCAGAAGUUUGAGCCCAUCUACCACAAGAUUGCCUCCCUCCUGCGCUUAGAGAAAGUCAACGUGAUGCUGGCUAAGAUGGAUGCGAUCGACGAACCGAGACUUUCACAGUCAAUGCAAGUGAUGGGCUUUCCCUCGCUCUACUGGUACGCGUAUGGGAGGAUACAAAACUACAAGAGCGGCAAGCGCACCAGCUCGAUGGUGGAGUGGGUC